GCUACAUGUCUAAGUAACAUCCACACAAAUGCCAGAUCCCAACGUUUCGCAGCAGAACACUGAAUUAUCAGAAGAUGCUCGACGUUGUGAACUUUUCCCGUCAGUGGUUUUAAUGUUGUGGCAGAUCGGUGUAAUGUUGCAUUUGACUUCACUCAAUCAAAGUGGAGGAGAAACCUCGGGGUGUCAUCGAACCGUUCGGAGAAUAAAUGUUGUUUUGGAGGUGUCUCCAGCUACAUUUCUGACUUUAUUUCCCACUUCAAGCUAACUGAUGACUCAUGCUGCACUCGGGGGCGUUUUUAUAUCCUCCGCUCGAGUUUCUCAGUGUCAGUCUCAAUGAUCACUGGUUGUUUUUUUUUUGCCUAAUCUUUAUAUGAACAUUGCAGUCUGUGACUCCUUAUUAGACUUUGUGGAAUCAUCGUCUCCUGGUUGUGUAGCCAGGAGGCCUCCUUCUUCUCUUUCUUCUCCUACCUCUCCUUCUUACGUUGCUGUGGGCCGACAGUACUGAGCUGCAACAAACAAGUUAUUUCAGUCGGUCGCUGCCCUUUUUAUAGCCCGGGGUGUAAACUUAUACCAGCCACCUUGAGGCUACAUGGCUGCGCACAUUUCAUUGACGUAUGUUGCGUAGUCACGCUUUCAGAGUGCGGCUAGACCAGAGUUUGCUCGCUGCUGAUCACUAGAUUCCACCGAGGUCUUCAUUUAGCUCGUAAAAACAAAAUUCAAAAUUAAAGCGGAAAUACAUCUAAACGGAUCUCUGCAGGAGCUGAUUUAUCGUUCCACGGCUACGUGCUAAUUUGACACCGCUAGAGUUCAGUAAUGAAUCUGACACCGAGUAGCAACUCACGCUGUAAUCUAAUUUACCUUCCUUCAGUCCAUCAUUAUUUCAUGUAAUUGUGUUAAUACACAUCACGUGUCCCGGUAGCAGUCGCACCUUUAAGCGCGUUUGCCGCGUCGUCGGGUGAUUUGUCAAGGUAGCAAUAAUGAAGCGUGUGCCGUGUUGCAGAGAGGAGUCUGAAGCUGUGCAGCAGUGGAAGCUUAAAAAUAUCCGCGCACUCCCCCCUCUUUCUUUGUAGGUCGAAGAUGACAAGGGAGUCUUGGUUUCUGUUUUUAAGGCCCAGAGCUGAGAUGAAGACAGAAGGCAGAGAGAGAGAGAGAGAGAGAAAAAAAAGACAAUUGGAGAGACAGGAUGAGAGAAAGGGAAUGACAACGAGGUGUCAGCAAGGGGAAGAUUGAAAAUGGUGACAAUAGGUGUUAUAUGUGUGUGUGUGCACGGCUGUGUGUGAGGAUUAGCAUGAGGCGGAUAACAGCAAACAACCCCGGGUUAUUUACCGAGCCCUCGGAGGGACCGGACAGGCCAGCGCCUCCUCUCUCCGGCGCGCGAUGACGCUGACGAGCGGCUCAGGGCGCAUGACAUUUUCCCUUUUUCCAGCAGUUUUCUUUUUUUUUCCCUCUACAUUCCUGACCUUUCCAGCCAGCGCUGCGAGCGCCGGUGGGCCUCGCGCAGUCGAAAAGGGAAGAAGGGUUGACAGAGAUAAGGGCUCCCGAGGUGGUGCCAGUCGGGGUUAGGCCCGGGCUCGCCAAACGGUCGAGGCGGACGCCAGCGGCCGGGGGGGAACUCGAGCUGAGUGUAGAGCAGCGGCGACUGAACGGACGGGUUCUGAGAAAUCGUCCCAAACUCAAAACACAUGGUUGCGAUUUAAAUGUUUACACUGUCGGGACUUUUAAAGGGUCUGUUCGUCCGCGUUACGAAAACACUCGCACCGACGAAACCACGGGCAGAUAAGCAGACGAUCAGAUGCUCUGCCCGGUCGAGUCUUUGGUUACAAGCUCCGACUUUCUGCUGCAGGAACUCUUCUUUCACAGACAAACUGAGCUGAAAUUGUGCCACUAAGCGACACACUGCUAAGGUAUCCACUUGCUCUUCCUCAUUUCGGUUCCUGGGAACACAUUAUGAAACAUGAGUCAACUGUAUUUCACGUAUCUCUGCUGCAUUACUUAAUUUUAAAGUCCAGUCUCUCUAGAGUGAGAGCUGUUUUCACCUACACAAUAUUAGGCGAGUGGUCGUAAUGUUAUGCCUGAUCUGUGCGUUGUCUCAGUGCUUUGAGUGGUGCAUAGCCGUGAAUCAAGUUGUAUUUACCGCAUGUGAGAUUGCUGUUUUUUUGUCCAGUACAGUGGAGCUGGAAUGAAUCAUUGCGGUGACUGCAUAAUAUUAGCGCAGGCUGUGAAUGAUUUUCAGAGGAAUCGAGUCUUUUGGCAGAUUCUUGUUCCGAGGAAACUUGUUCACUGCGUCAACAGUGGAUUAGAGGUAGGUAUUCAUGAUGUGCAAAGGCAUGUUGCUUUAAAUUUCUCUAAGCUCCACCAACGAAUACAUUCAUAUCACCGGUGGAUCAGGCGGACUGUGCGUAAUAUUGAAAGGAUUACUCGUAGAGAUGAAAAGUGACUCAGAGACACGGCCCAGCUCAAGCGAGCCGCUGAGCUCCGUGGGGCUGUUUUGCAUCUUUGAGAUCACUGAUUUGGUUUUAGCCAAAGUUUUAAUGUUUCCACAGACCUUGUUUCCAUCGACAGCCUCUUUGUUAAAACCCAGCGCGUGAAACAUGAUCAUCACAUGCAAAUUUAGCAGCUAGCUGCUUAUGACACGGGAUGACUUAGUAGUCACAAAGCAGUGCAUUAACACCAUAGACAGCAUAGAUGACAUUAGGAAAUUAGGCCACGCCCCCAUUUGGGUGAAAACAGACCACUAAAGGUAAAUACACCUCCCUCCGUAGUCAGUUUUUAUUUUGUGUUGCUCUGCUGUCGUUACUCAGACACAUGUGUGAAUAGAAAAUAAAAUUUACAGCCUUCCAGUCAGCAGUCCCUACUUUUUAUUUUUUAUAGCGUGAUAAGCUAAUAUUAGCAUCGUCAUGAUUAAGUGUUUGCCGCAAACGUACAGCGACGAUCAGGAUCCCACGGCUUUGCAUCUUUGUCCACCUGCUUUAUGGCCUGAAGACACACAUUUAUUUGGUUUUCAUCCCUCACUCUUGAGGGGAGCAGAGAAAAUCUCAUAGUUUUAUUUUUUAAAUGGUUUGAAGGACAGUACACAACGUAACUUCUCCUCUGUUUUCACCCAUAAGGGGGCGUGGCCUUUUCAGUGACGUGGGGUUACUCUGUUCCAUAAAGAUGGACGACGGAACUGCUUCUCAAAAGUGAAGCCAAAGCAAGUAGAGCUCCCUCUGGUGACUGGCUGCAGUACAGGUCAUAAGCUCCACCUCCUCCAUGUUAGUGGGCGGGACUUGAGCCAAACUAAAACACUAAAAUACACAAUUUUUUUCUCUCUUUCCAAGGAUGGUUUCUGUUAUUUUAGGUAGUUAAUAUAACGUUGAUGCACGUUCCAAGUGACAUUUUUGGAUAAAUUUAGCUUUAGUUAGUUAUUUGACGCUAUAGAAACAGGACGUGACAUAAUGGCGAAUACCAGUUGCCAUGCCAACCGCUCCAUAAACUGGUUCUGUGCGACAAUGAGAGUUGUAGAAUACAGACUCUGUCUCCAAAACUGCAAGAAGGGGCUGUGUGCAUCCUCAGGAAAACAGUAUUAGUUUGGCCGAUGCAGGGAAGUGGGGACGCGUUGAUUACAUAUUUAUAUACAGUCUAUGCUCAAUGCAGAUCGUGUUUUCACGAUCUGCAUCACCUUCGUUGCAGGAGAUAUUUUAAGAGUAAGUACCUAAAAAUACCAUGUAAGCAGAGAUAUCAGAUGCUUUUCUUUUUUUUCUUUUUUUUUUUUGUAACGUGAGAGACCUUUGACACGAGGCGGUCAGCAGUGGAGAAAGUCUCCGGGGUGGUGUAAUUGAAGCACUCGCAGACUGCAGUCUCUGAGCUAGCGGCUGAAAAACCUUAAAAAGCCCAUGAGUCAGUCUUCCACUCUCCUUCAGUGGACUUAUCACUGCGAUGUCACUAUCUGAGGGAGCUCUGAUUCUGACAGAGACUCGGCGUCGGCUCGACAGACUGCGGCCGCUGCGACCGGGAGAGUCAGCCAAGAGAAUAAUAGAGCUUUUCUGUUGUGAAGCUGUGCAGCACGAUUUCCUGCUGCUAUGUGAUCACGCUCUUAUUUAUCUGCGCCUCUUGCUCAUUUAUUGUCUCAGUAACAGAAGGAAAAUGGUGCACGAAAAUGUCCCCCGUUUCGUUUUUUUGACAGCUUUUCGCACCACCAUCAUUUUGGUCCGAACCUGUGCACUUUUCACCCCGCCCGCCCCCGUCACACAUCCUGUCCCUGCAGCUAUUUGGGUUAUUAUAUAACAGCUCAGCAUUCUUGUUUUGGUGCAGUCGUCCAGUUAACUUGCUCUUAGCCCGCAACCGUGUGAAAAACCGAUUCAAAAUCGUAAUAUUUGCAGAAAGGGAAAGCUGGUUGUUUGUCUGGCUGCUUCCAACGUGAGGCUCCAGGAAGUAGACAUGAGGCGUUGUCACAAGCUGCACUUUAAUUGCACAAUCUCCGGUGUCGUACGGUCGCUUUCUCUGUUUCACAACUUGUAAAUCCUUCCUUUUGUUCCUGAACCGACCAACCGAAGAAAGAGCCAAAUGCUUUUAAGCAAAAAAAAAAAAAAAAAAAAAUCAGGAAGUUUAUUUGGCUCAAAAUAGCUCAGUGGCCGGUACAGCAGAGCUUUUUAGAUCCACUGUUGAUUCUCCAGAAAUUGAGAGCAGAGCAGGCGGCUCGUUGUCAGAACGACGUGGCCCUGGGCUCGUCUUUGAAACAAUCCUUUCUAUUUUCAGACGGUUCACAGAGAGGUUAAAGGAGGCUUUUUAUUGCGCACGACAGUCGUGGAUUAUUUAAAAUGUCAUCAAACUCACUUUUAACGUGGUUUUUCUGCCUCUUCCUUUUUGUGUCUGCAAAAUCGUAUUCACAGGCAUUUUUUGUAUUUAUCUGUGUUUUUUUUUUUUUUUUUUUUUUUGUCUGGCUCUUGCUUUCCUCAUUGUCAAGCCUGAGCGUGACAGAGGGUGUGGCGCGGAGGGCAACAGUAACACACCGAGACCAGUCACACCAAGAACCACAGUCUUGCCUAACCAACGUGUUUGCACAUGUGCAGCGAGGACGCGCAAACACGCAGUCGCAACCACCAGGGCGCCCUCUGACAGAUCAGCGCACAGACGAGGCCAUUGCAGUUGGCAUCCGACUCGUCACAAGUCCAACAGAUCGAUCGCGCACUCUCUCGUAGCAACUGCCGAACCGCCUGUCGCUCGGCUUGAAAAGUUUCCCCCCGGAGCUUUAGAGACGGCGUGAGGGGCAGGAAACACAGCACGAUUGUGUGUGUGUGUGUGUGUGCACAGUUGUCAGCAGUGCAUGUCUGAAUGUGUUUUCCAGGGUCGUGUGGGGUGAGGAGGUAUGCGGCCGUGGAAUGAGUCAACAAGUGGUUCUUGGAAUACAGCAACCGAAAAGCUUUUAAAGAAGUCAGUGGCUUAAACACAAGCCUGGAAGGGAGAGGGAAAAAAUAGCUGGAUUGUCGCUGAAAACUUUAAAACGCCAACUCAGAAAAAAAUAAUGUAAAAAAAAAAAGAUAUUAAGCUAAAACAAAACCAAAAAUUCUUAAUGAGGAUUUAAACUUUUCACAAUUUCCCUGCCAGCUGCUAAAGAGCAGCGGUUCGAGGCCGUGUCGGUUCGUGCGGCCCCCGUUCACUCGACGACCGCUCCGCGCGGACAAAACUCAAAUAAACAAGUUGUCACUUCCAGCUUUCUUUUAAGCGUUCACUUCGGCUGGCUCAGACAGAAGUCCUCGGGUGCACAGUGCAGAGAUUCCAUCUUCUUUAAUCCCGCCAUUAAAGUCAGCCUCGAUGUGUUUAGACUGGCUUUUAGUUUGAGCAAAGAGCAAAUGUUUCCAGCACUCUCCCCUUUUUUUUCCCUCUUCUUUUGUUUCUGUUAAUUGUCUCGUUCUCGCCACUCAGUUAUUUGUCUUUCCUGCAUUUCUGUUUACCCGCCGCUGCACCGCCAAGCCCCGACCUUUGUCGAGACGGACUGGGCCGCGCUCGCGAAAAGGCCUGUGAGAAAUCCCCCUGGUUCAAAAUCAGUUUCAAGCACUUCCUCUUUGGAUAUUUUUAGAGCAUUUCUGAAGAACACGUUAAUCAAAGACAACAGGGAACGUGUCACAACAAUCUGGAGGUGUGAUGAUCAGUUACAUGUUGCGUCAUUUUCAACUCGGGUUAAAUCUUUUACAAAAGGACAUGGUGGAGUACACCGAUCAGCCACAAUAUUAAAACCACCUGCAGGAGAAGUGAAUCAACAUUGGCCGUCUUUUCACAAUACAAGGUUCUGCAACAAAUAAACGGAUAUAAAUGUACUGAAUUACUUAUUUAUUUAAUAAUUGUUUUAGUUGCAGAUAUUCCAUGUAGCUGUGGAGUUCGUUGGCUGAGGUAAUGUGUAAUAGCUCCAGAGAGCCGAUGCUUUUGUAUGGCGUCACUCACAGUGCACAGCAUAGAAUGAGACUGAGUAGCGGUUCAUUUGGGCCGAAUGAACACGACAAUCACAGCCAAUCUGUUUGAGACCGAAUCAACCACGCUGCGACUAGAGAUAGAUAGCUUGCCUAGGCUCAGUGGUUAGCGCUGAUGCCUCCCAGUGAGAAGGUCCAUGUUCCCCCUGUGUUGGCAUCAGUUUUCCCACCUCCAUAGACCUGCUCGUUAGGCUGAUUGACGACUCUAAAUUGACCCUAGGUUGGAGUGUGAAUGCUUGUUUGUCUCUGUGUUAGCCCUGAGAUAGGCUGGAGACCCCGCCUCUCGCCUGAUGUCAGCUAGGAACGACUUCAGCAACCCCCACGACCCUAGUGAGGAUAAGGUGGUAGUAGAAGAUCAGGUGAGAUGAGACUCCCCCACCCAGCAGUCCACCUGAUGCAUCUUUGGCAGAGAAAGCGCCGGGUGAAAAGGUCACAUCUGAAGGGAUGGGACGAACCAGAAGCUUGUGCUUUUAGACUUUCCACCGGUCUCAGUCUGAGACCUCAGACUGAGAUUCAGCCCCUAGCGCCGCUCCUCUCUGCUGCUUCUUCAUGAUCACACGCCGAUCAGCUGAUUCCCACUUUCAUCUCACUUCGCGGGCGUCCGCUUCUGCAGCUCUUUUCUCGCCACUUCAAUAAAAUGCGCCACUCCGCCUCCUCCACCCUUCACGUCUUUGUCCCCCGUCCUUCACUGUGUUUACAUAUAUUUUAUUAACUCAGUCAGCGGGGCGAUAAACCCCUUUAGAGUUAUCUCGCUUGCGUUGAGGUUGUAAUCGCAGAAGCGGAGCUCGAUUUCAGAGCUCAACUUCCUCUUGGCACCUUGGCAGCUUCCCAAUGAUAUGUAUAUUUUUUUUGAGAACUCACAGUUUCGGCAGAGACACUAAACUCUUGUAGGUGGCAAAAAAAAAAAAAAAAAAAGAUCUUAUUUUUAUCACAGUUUAACACUACAAGAAGUGCCAAAGAAGUUAGUUGAUGUUGUCGUUCAUAGAUCUGCUGGUUUAUUCCAUUAUCUUAUAUUGAACUCAAACGUGUUCAUAUUGAUGGAAAAACAAAAGAAAACUCCUGGUGUCCCUCAAAGCAGUGGUUCACUGGAAAGGGAACUAAUGACUGAAGAAAAAAUGGAAAAAUCAUGCAGAAAAAUGCAGAAAAAAGUCCAGGUCCAGGCGCUCAGACGGGUCCGAAAAAAGUAAAUCAAUAAACGGCCGGUCUCAAUCGGCCUUGUUAUCGCUGCCAUAGUUGCUCAUUACUGCAAAGUUGUUCCCUGAAUUAAAAUUCAUCCUUAAUCUGUGUCAGUAGUAGCUCAACGUUUAAUCUCUUUCUGUUGAAUUUGCUGUUGUAGCUCAGCCCGUCUCCCUGUGAUCACACACACACACACACACACACACACACACACACACACACACACACACACACACUCAGCCUCUGGCUCUUUCCUCGUUCACGUCUUCCAAUGCAUUCCUCCUCCUCCUCCACAUCUCUUUCUCUCUAUUUCCGUCUCCCUCCUUCGUUCUCCACCUCACAUCUGAAGCUGCACAGCUUCCUGCUGCACCACUAUUGCUGCACUAUUUUUUCUGCACUACCCCCCCCCCACCACCACCUCCACUUCCUCUCACUUUCACUUGUUAACUGCUCCUCUUCCUCCCUUUAGCUGUUUCUCUUUUAUUCUCCCCCCCCUCGAUUCGAUCAUGACCUCCUCCCUCCCGCCUUCCGCUCCCUGAUCACACUUCUCCUCGAGCGCCUCUCGGUCGACCUGCAAAUUUAAAACGGAACGAGCUGCGUUCAGGUGCGGCGCCCUGCGCCAUUAACCCCCCCCCCCCCCGUCUGGUUUGCCUUGGGUUUUGUUGUUGUUGGACUUUUCAGCCAUGCCACGGGACAACAGUGGACGCGAUGGCGCCGCCCCCUCGGCCCGUCAGGCCUUAUUUACUGCCUGGACUGAUGCAAAGUCCAUGAGCCAAGAUGGAACCUCUCUAAUGGCUCCCAUCUUCCUGUUUCCCUAACAACAAUGGAUGGAAGCCACGCAGACAAUAGUAGCUUGCCACCGAAUCCUAGUGUUUGGCUUUUUUGGGUGUUGACCUACUUUAGUUAAUCCCAGUCGUGUGUGUGUGUGUGUGUGUGUGUGUGUGUGUGCGCCCGUGCAUCAUGUGUGGCUCGUUGACUGGACCGAACCCCUAUUGGUGGUGGAGCAGGUCGUUAGCCGGCUGUCUGAUUUUGUUAAAUGUAAAGCUGCUUUCAGCUGGAGUGGAUGCGAGCUGAUGGAAGAUGGCAGCAGCAGCAGCAAAAAAAACAAAACAAAACAAAACAGAAAAUGCAUCGAACGCGAGCAGGUGCGCUCUCAACAAAGGCCGCCUCUUGCUGGGACGCGUAUUCGGGAUCAGUGGAGGAGCCUCACGUGCGUCUGCCGCCGUUUCAUUUUCUCCCACGCAGGCAGACGCCGUGAGAGCCGCGUGCUCAGCAGGUAGAGAUCAUACCGACCCACGCUGAUGCACCGCCGCCGCCGCCACCGCCGCCGCCCCUCAAACUCGCUCUCGUGAGCGCACACAAACAAAACUAAUGACUUCAGCCACAAAUAGAAGUCCUGGCAGCAAGCAAUUCUCUGUUCGGCGGGCGUCUGAGAGGAAGACAUGGGGAUGGGGGGUGGGAAAGAAGCGGAGGGGGAAAGAAAAUGUAAAAAAAAAAAAAACACAGAAUUGGUGUUUUCAUCCGUUCUUGAAAAAUAAUGACACACCUGGGGAAAGCGUUGCUACGGGGAAGGCAUCUUUGUUUACCGCCGGGGUUGAUCCGCCGAACCCUGUCAUUAUCACAGAUGUUGCACAAAAAAAAAAAACACAGCGGCGUGAGUCAGCCGCAGUCAUCCACACGAGCUACCAGGAGCCAGGCCAGGUGUGACGGUCGGCCUCUUAGCUUCCAGUGGAGUAGAAGUGAGUGGGUGUGGCGGGACGAUUCACACCUCGAAAGGACUGGAGGAGCUUUUUUUACGAGAGCGUUGCUCAUUUGUGGAGACGUGGGACGGACGCAGAUUUUUCUGCUACAGAUUUAUAACUGAGAUACCAGUUUUUUUUAUUUUUUAUUGUUAUUAUUACUAUUUAAUCACAGCUCGCUCGCACUGCACCAGAAAGUGAGACGGCAUCAGCGCUCUCUGCAGGGAGCCGCGUAACUUUCCAGGACAAAGCAGAUUCUGGAAAGGGACGGUGGAAAAACUCGAAUCCAGGUCAGGGACGGAGCGGAGGAGAUAGCGACGAUGAUGAGAGGACGGAGAACUAGAAUGUCCCGCAGCAUCGCAGGGGGAGAGGAAGUUUGCAGCAGUAGACUGGAAGCGGCUGCUUGCGUGGGCUCAUUGGGAUAAUUUCUCCAGUCAUGCCUUGGCAUAGAGGUUCCUGGGUGUCCCUGAGUCUUCAGAACCCCCCCGCACGAUGCCAGCGGUUGCUCUGUUUGAUGAAAAUGCGGCGGCACAGGGUGUUCUUGCUCUGCACGGUGGGCCUGUGCGUCAUCUCCUUCCUCCACUACUACAAGGCCCUCCACUACGUCUCCCUGCUGCGCGAGCUCUCCGCUCCGUACCCCAACAUCAAGUCCUUCAUCAUGGUCACGGGCUUCUUCUGGAGGGAGAAAGGCGCGGCCUCCACCCCGCUAAGCCCCGCCUCUCCAGAGGAGGCCCCUCCCCUGCCCGGUCUCCACCAGUUGGAGGCCAAAGUCAGAGGCGCGGCGGGUUCUGUGGAAGGAGGGGGAGGGCUGGACCUGGGGGUCAAAGGGGUCAUGGUUAGGGUGGAGUCAUGGAAGAAGGAGGAGCCAGCGCCUCCUCGCCCUUGGGAGAAACCAGUGAAAAAACAUGACAUACAUGAGAACGAAGUUGAAGAGGAUUUGAAAAUGCGGAAUCCCGAUCACCUGGAUAAACCUGUCAAGCCAGUCCCACCAGAAAAACAACUAAUGGGAAAAGAGCACCAGGUGAUAUUUCUCCAGGAUCAAUUCAUGGACCCCUUAAAGUUCCUGGGAGACCUCCAUACCCGCACUCAUCACCUUCAAGAUGACAAAACUCCUUACUUUGUCCGCACCAAAGCUGGAGCACUUUGCUUCAGGCAAGGGACAGAGGUGGCCACCCCAAAAGAGUACUCUGGAAAACAAGGGGGGGCCGCGGCCAAUGAAGUUGUGGAAGUUGGUCGACCUGUUGCUGCAGGGCACCGGAAAACUCUGGAGCUCCAGCAGCAGCCCUCCAUUCCUCCAAAAGCUAAGACGAAGAUCAGGGGCAAGCGUCUGGUCAAGUGUGUUUGCCGGCAGGGAUGGCACGGACCUUACUGUGGGGUUCCCACCAUGGUGCACCACUCCAAUCUGCCAACCAAGGAGCGACUAACGCCCAGGGAGAGCCCGCGGAGGGUGAUCAAUGCCAUCAACGUUAACCAUGAAUUUGACCUGCUGCACGUGCGGUUUAAUGAGCUCGCCCAGGCCGUGGAUCUGUUCCUCGUGUGUGAAUCAAACUUUACGGCCCACGGGGAGAAACGACCUCUUGGUUUCCUGCGGCUCCUUCUCAAUGGUACGUAUGACUACAUACGGCACAAGAUCCUGUACGUGUUCCUUGACCACUUCCCAGAGGGCGGUCGGCAGGAUGGCUGGAUAGCGGACGACUACCUGCGUACCUACCUGACGCGCAACGGCUUGUCCAGGGUGGUGGGAGCGAGAUCCGACGACGUCUUCGUCAUCAACGACGCAGAUGAAAUCCCAGCAUACGAAGGCCUCAUUUUCCUCAAGCUCUUCGAUGGCUGGACGGAACCUUUCGGCAUCCACAUGCGCAAGUCAUUGUAUGGCUUUUUCUGGAAGCAGUUUGGGUCUCUGGAAGUCGUGUCGGGCUGCACGCUGGGGAUGCUCAACUCCGUCUACGAUGGCGACGGGAUCAAACUGCGCCGUCGCGAGUAUUACACCAUGCCGGGUUUCCGCAAGUAUGAAAACAACACUGGGCACAUCCUGGUGCAGUGGUCGGUGGGCAGCCCAUUCCACUUCGCCGGUUGGCACUGCUCCUGGUGCUUCACACCCGAGGGUAUCCACUUUAAGCUGGUGUCGGCCCAGAAUGGAGACUUUCCUCGGUGGGGCGACUACGAGGACAAACGAGACCUCAACUACAUCCGCGAUCUGAUCCGGACAGGGGGCUGGUUUGAUGGCUCCCUGCAGGAAUAUCCGCCGGUGCACCCGACGGAGCACAUGUUUGCCCCCAAGUUCAUGCUGGAGAACUAUGACAAGUACCGCUACCUCCUUGAGAACCCUUACAAGAAAGUCUCCAAACUUAACGAGGGCUAGGAGUUCAAACCGGGCAGCAAUACAUGAAAUAACUGGCGUGGCCCAAGCGAGGCCUCAGCACUGAGUCUUCAGGGGGUCGGAUGGGGCUGGUGAACUACAACUUCCCUUUGGAGUUGAACUAAAUGUCUCUCCACCAGGCAGCACUGAUGUUGCAGGGAUUUCAAAUCUCUUUAAGAAUCAUUAUUUUGGGGUCAAUAAAGGGAACACACUGAAUCACAUCUACCAUGGAUUUACAAAGACGUCGAGAGGAUACAACCACUGGAUGGACAAAAUUACUGAUUUCCUCCCUUUUUGGGGGGUAAGGCCAAGCUGUUUCUGUUCUUGUCACACACCCCCCCCCUUCCCGCCCCCUCCUUCACCCACCGCUUUGUCUGGUGCCUGUUCUCCGAGAGAAAAUGGGCACGCUUCAGAGACAAGGCUAGGGAUAUAUCACAGGUGCGUGAAACCUGUGUAACGAUGAGAAACUUAGACGAGAAGGCUGGUGGUUUUAUUAUUUUAUUUGUUUGUUUUUUUGUUUUUUUGCGUCUGUGUUUACUAAAGUUUACAGACUUGCUGAUGUUUCCGCUCCGCCCUCCAUCCUCGGAUGUCUUCCUGUCAUAUUUGGUGACCUCCUAUAAACAGAUAUUACAUGCGCUUGGUACUCCAGAAGAAAAAAAAAAAAAGACAAGUUCUGGUUAAAGUCCUGCCAGAGAACCUACCACCAAAUCAAAAAGGAACGACUCAGUGGAAACGUUUCAGCUCGUGCAUAUGCUCACACUCAUCUACAUGCACCUUACCUGUUUGCGUGUUUGUUUAAAACAAAAGUGCGUGUGGUCCGUCUUUAUGUCAUGUCGUUUUGAGUUUUUUCGGGGCUAUGAAGGGUGGAUGAGAUCAGCGAGAAUGCUGGAAAUAGGAAAACCAAGAAACAAACAUCCAACUGGGGACUGGGAAGCAAGAUGGAAAGGAGGAGUGUAAUAAGGAAGGAAGAGAGGGGGGAUAAAAAGUCUACUAUUGCAGGGAUGAAUGUGUGUGAAUGUGUUUCCCAGAACUAAUGGACAGCCCUGAAUAAACCGAGCCCUGUUGGUGGCAUCCGAGGUGGUUGUUGCCGUUAUUGUUUGUCAGACUUUUGAGGACGAGAAGAUCAUUCACUUUUCAUCUCUCUGUCUACCAACAAACUGAGAUAACUUUGUUUCCUUGGAAACUAAAGUACGGGAUGGGUGCCGUUGAGAUGAGUGGGUGGGUUCGCAUCAGACAAGGAGCUGCAGUGUUGAGAGGAGGUCAGUCUUGACUGAGGGCCCCCGUGGUUAAAUAUUCUGCUUUCUACUCCGCGAAUUCUGAAAUUGACUCUUAAAAGCCUUUUCUUUUUUCUCAGACAUGCGGCGUUAUAUUCCGCUAGGUCUUGUGUGUGUUUCCUCUAAAGCCCCAUUAACCUGAGGUAUUUUCGUCAUCAUCUCACUUUUCACCUCGUUCACAGACCUGCCUCGACUCUCGCGCCGCCUUGAGAUCCAUUUCGUGUUAAUCCUUGCGAGAAUUUUAAUAAUCGGGGCCUGUUAUCAUGUCAUCGAUUUUUUUUUUCCUCCACCUGCCUCGACGGGACAAGGCAGCCGUUGCCAUGGCGACGUCUUCCCCCUGCCCUCUGAUCACGCGUCUGAACGUUCAGGCACGAUCGUCGUCGUCUUCUCCCGCCGCAGACAGCUGUUGAUGGGGCAGGAUCAGCCGAAAAAGAUCACAACCCCCGCGGGAUCGUUGACGGUAGCUGUGGGCAGAUUGUAAAAACAUACUUUAGCCUGUGGGUGUGUGGCGGUGCGGGCGGAGGCCGGCGGGGGGAAGCUGGGCUCCAUUCCUGCAAUGUUUGCGAUGCCGCAGAGCCGUUAAUAAAGCUGUACACGCAGCAGACGGAUCCACGAACAGCAAGAUUGACUGUAUCUGCCAUCUGCUUCUUUUUUUGAUGCCCUUCUGGGAUUUUUUUCUUCCAGAUCCUGUUUAGCUUCAGGCUACAUGUUGAUUCAAGGUGAAGUGCUCCUUUUGAGGAAUAAAAAAAAAAACUUUUGGGGAGGGAUUUUGUUUGGCCGCUGAGGGGUGAGGAUAAAAGCAUCAAGCUGUACCUUUAAUUUAAGACACUGGUUCACACAAGAUGAUUUGCCUCCAAUGCUAUUUCUUUGAGUCACUCGUUGGAUCGCAGCUCUUUACUAACGUAACGCCGCGUGAAGAGAUUCAGAUUGGAGGCAUUUCCGCCCCCCCCCCCCCCGCAGUUCAUCCGGUUCUCCUCUGAGCUCGUGGCGGGAGAAUGAGAUUAGGCCAACGGGCUGCUGACAGUUGUGUCGGGCCCGCGCUGCCAUAGAGGGGGCGGAGUAGCGCGGUCUGUGGCGCCAGCUGUUAGGGGGGGGUUUGUUGUUGGGAGCCAGAAACAGUCCCAUCCAAAACCCAGAGGGGCCGCAGAGUCAUGAGCUUUAAAUAGGAUUUGACAUGAGACGACAGCGAUGCAGGAUGUGAUGUUGGUUUGGUUGUUUUUUUUGAUUCUGAAUUAGAUUUUCUCCCCCAGUGAUCGAUCGUGAACGAUGUAGCGAAAAUACAGAUGAUGAACUGUAAAAGGAGGAGGGGAACUCGGAUUGUGGGUUAACACUUUUGGAGGCGCUUCUUUUUUCAUUUGCUGAAUCCUUAUCGAGGCAUCUUUCUGGCGUCUGCAGUCAACGCGAAACUAACGAAAGCAUCAGAUCUAAUUAACAGCAAAACACCCACUUCCCUCCGACUUCGUCGAAGCCUCAAAACCACAGCUGUCUUUCCGUCAGUCUUAAAAAUUGAGUGCGUGCUCAGUCUGGCGAGUUCACCCUCACAAAGUUUAACCCAGUGUCAGGUAGUCGAUGGCUACGGUGUUCGGUUCGGUCUCGCGCGGGAUGUUCAAGCUGACUCCAAGCUCUGCAGUGAGGCCGGCACAUCUGGCCAACAGCGUGCAUGUUUGCAUGUCUGCGUGUACGCUACGCAUUUUUGUGUCGUUCUGCGCGGCGGCCCUAGCGGCUCGCGCCAGAUAAGUGUGUCUGGACUGUUGAAGGACAAGCCGUGGCUACUCCGCUUGGCUUGUUGCCCCCGUUAUCACUAUGGCAACAAUCCCCUCGUCGAGUUCCUGCGAUCUCGGCCUGAGGUCGUGAACCGAGAUAGCAGAGAUAACGGAGCGGCAGGAUAAGAGGUGAAGGAGUGCGUAUAACACACAGUCACACAUUCCACUUAAAGAACGGCUAAUGGCGUGAAACCUGUUGUUGCUCAGUAAUUUUCCGUGAGUGUCACAGUGAAGCGGGGCCUUGGCGUGGUGGCGUGGCUUCUUUUUUCAGAGUAAUCUAUUUGAGCAGGAAGGGUAAACAGAAAGCGUCUUUUUUUUUUUUUUCAGCCUAAGCCAGGAUUAAAGAAGCAUGAACGACUCAAAAACAAAACACAGGUACUCCUUCUUUCGCCUCCAUACAAAAAAAAAGCUUGAUGAAUUGAGACAGGAAUCCAGAAAGAGACAUAUCAGAAACAAUCCUUUCAGCGCGGCUCCCAGACGACAGCCUUAUUGGACGGGGCGACGUCGCGACGCGGGGGGAGAGGGGGGGAGGUAACGAGCUCGACCGAGCGGCUUUCAUUUCUCACUUUGAUGAGGGGAGAGUCGUCGCGGCGGCGGCGGGAUGAAAACCGUCCAGAUGAAGGCAGCAGCUCAUCAUCCCCCCGUAAAAGAAAAAUCUAUAAACCUGGUGGCGCUUUAAGCGAAGAUGAGGCCGUGGUGUUGAGGCACUGGAGAGGCCGGCCGAUACAUCCAGGCGGGGUGGCCCCGUCUCGCUCGAGGGAAACCUCGGCAGGGGUCACGGACGUUUGCGCUAACGGGGAAUCUGUUUUUAGCCCUGGCCAGUGCAGGCUGUCAUUUGUAUGCUGAGAUCAAUCCUCAGACCACCGACGCUCUAAUCAGACUUUACACCGUGAGCCAGCGUGUCAGAGGUGUUUCCAAACGUGCUAAUGCAUACACAAUACACUACUGUAGCUGACACGAUGCAUGCAAUGCAUUGCUUUGAAAAAGAAGCAUUUUUAUAAUUUGAUUAAGACCCUGACUGGACAUGAAGACAUCUUUUUCAGACAGAUUGGCCCAACUUCGCUCCAAAACGACUUACGAAUAAUGAGAUUACAACCAAUUAGAGCAAUUAGUCACCACAACAGAGGAGCUUACACAACGUACCAUUUAUUUUACCACCAGAGGCCACGGUCAUAGUCAGUCUGCAGCCUCAUUUGUGCCCAACGUUUCGCUAAAGUCAAACGCUUUGUCUUCUAAUUUUUUGUCUUUUUUUGCGUGUUUUCUCGUGCAGCCGCUCGCUUCACGCGACUGGAGCUGAGGGAAUAAAUUAAGUGCACACUGCAAAAGCUGUUAAGGAAAAGGAAAAGAAAGAGGAGCCGGAGCCGAGCCGCCCGUCGACGCCGUCGCCGCUGCAGCAGACAGGUUCGAGAGUUGCGUUGCUAGGAAACAGCUCGACUUUAUUUGCCUCUCUGCUCCUGAUAUUAGCCACGGGAAAUAACCGUUAGGAGGGUUUCAUGUCUGAGAGUGUGGAGUGGUCUAAACGCUGGAUGGCGAGUGCUGUCAGUGGGUGUUUUCUUUUUUUGUUUUUUUGUUGUUUUUUUUUAGUUUGAAGAAGAAGAAGAAACAUUCACGUCGUUUUUGAGCUGACUCCUGACCUCCAGGGUGUCAGCGUCCUAGUUAACGCCCGGAUGUCAUUUGGUUUAACGUCAUCUUUGGCGAAUUAUCAGCGUCUUUUAGAGUUUGUUUUAGGAGCGAGCGCGUAAUAGGUUAAAGACGACAAAGAGGCUAAGAGAGGAUUUGUGCCUGAAGUGGCCCCGUAAUAUCCAACGACUGCACUUAGCGAAAAUCAGAACCAUCGUUCUAAAUAGAUCUUUAUCAGCCUCGAAAGCCCCCCCCCACAAAUCGGUCCAACCCUCUUUUCAGCACGCGCACACUAACCAUCAACACAUGUUUGUAGCCGUUUAGCACGUGUGUGUAUCCUACACAGAUGUGAUCCUGCAGGCCUGCGUUGCCCCCCUCCCUCCCCUCUACACCCUCUCCACCAUCAUGCCCCCCCUUCAUCUGUUGUUGUGCUCACAGUGGAGCCUACUGGCUGCUCGUCUAUGGGUUUCACAUGCCUUCACGGCUCUGGACCCCCGCCAUUGAUCUUUUCCAAGAAACAUUAGUAGAGAGCAGGGCCGGAAAUCAAAGUGGGGGGAGAGAGUGUGGGUGCAGAGACGGGAGGGUCCAUUUUACUGGGGUCCCUUUUUCGCCUUUGUUCUCCCAAGUAAUUUCCUGCUUCUAUUCUUGUUCGACGUCUCCUACGUCGGCCUGCGAAAAAUGCAGCUUCCCCCGCGUCUCCGCGCACAAGUGCUUCUUUUGUCGACUUUGGGCUCCUGAAGGUUCCUCGGCGAGAACGCCACAGCCAAAUCAGGCAGAGCACUUAAAGGCUUCGAAUCAAGUCGAGGCGUUUCGAGGUAUUAAAGGAGGAAUCCGAAACGGGGGAACGCGUCUCCCAAUCUCGGGCUGUAAACAUGUUAUUAUUCUCUUCAUGGAAGCGGCGGAGAGAGAGAGCGUUCGCAUUCCGCUAACUGAGCAAUCACAUCCACUCCCGACAGCUGCACUGAUGUGUCACCGCUGAUUGGAAAGUGCUCCUUCUUAAACCACAAGCACUGCCUCUGAGCAAGUCUCUAACCUCCUUAUUUUUUGUUCCUCGAGUCCUUCAGGUGUUAAUUUGGUAACAUUUCUACCUGUUAAAAAAAAGGUGCGUUCACUCAAAUCUCAAAAUUCCCACUUGUCUCCGAUGCUACAGAAACUGAAUUUUGUGUAUCAGGGCUAGAAAAAGGACUUCAGAGAAAGACUGAGAAGAAAUUAUAUUCCCUUUGUUGAGCGUUAACAGAUUAGAGGCGGCGAUGAAUAGGAAAUCAAUCACGAACACUGAACUCCACCACCUCUGUAAACACGGAACGGCGGGAAUUUCGAGGAGGCGCGGCAGGUUUCUCUCGGUGCUUCUGAGUCUGCGGCUCGCGGGUGUGUUCCAGGACAGAUUGCCGGCUUUGGGUCAGGAGUCCAUAUGCUGUGACACGGCAGAUCAAAAAAAGAUGAAAGUCAGCGUGGCGCCACGGCGACAGAUGGACGCGCGCGGGAAAAAAAAAAAAAAAAAAAGACCGGCCGACACCACCUGGCUGCAGAUCAGAUGCCGUCGGAGCCCCGGGAGGAAGGGAUGAUUGAAAAUGUUUGUGUGCGACAGACAGAGUGAUAUAUGUGGCUAAAAUUACACAGACAUGGAUGUCGUCCUUCGCGUUUAUUGUUCCGGCUAAAGCCCCUGCAGCUUGACUUCAGAUUAAAGUAUUUCUACUUAAAAUGAAUUAUUCCUGACCAAAAAUAUGCAGCAAAAAAGUAGAAAAAAAAAGUCUAUAACUGUGAAACAUCAUUCCCUUUCAUUACCUUAUUUAUUAAGAAUUUAAAGAGUCAUUGCAGAAUGUUUGUCUCCCCCUUCUGGCAGUGAGAGUCAUUACACAAAUACGGUUGAUGUGUGCCAAACAGCUUUAUCAGUGCUCUCCAUUGAUAAAAAUUCACACCAAGUAAAUGAAAACAAAAAUAUUAUGUAUAAAGAAGUUGACUUGGGGGAAAAAAAAGGGGGCACCUUUAAUUUAAUAUUCUUGACAACUUCUUCCCCCAUAACAGUUUGUUCUAUCAGCAGAUUAAUGUGUGGGUCUGCACAUGCUCUUGUCCGCGGAGGUUUGUGAUCUGCUUUGUAACUCGAGCCGCGCUCCAAACUUCGCCGUUCCUUCACCGCCGGGCCUGCGCCGAGGCGGGUUAGAGAAAAAGGCAACCAGAGGAGAGGGAAGAGUGAGAGGGGAGGGAGGAAAAAAAAAAAAAAAAAAGGAGCGCGAGCCUCCAGAGGGGUUUGAAUUCCCCGCAAUCAGAAACAGAGACGGAGUUGGAAAAGGGGGGGAGGAAGAGGGAGGAAUCCUUACGAUCACGGCCUUUCCACAUUCGUGCUCUCUGCCCUUUUUUUGUUUGUUUGUUUGUUUUUCUGUUGCACUUUCUCUUCCUCUUUUUUUUCAUUAAAGUUAAAGUCAGAUCGAUGCGGGGUUUUUAAAAUAGCUCACGGAGGGAGAAGUGGAGGUGGAGGUGACGAGCGUCUCCGCUUUUCUAUUUAACUUUCAUGUGUAACCUCAUCCACUUUGGCAGCUCUUUAUUUAAUGUCUUUUGAAGGCAGAGUGUGCGCAUGUGUGUGAAUGUGUACGCUCAUAAGCACUGUCUCAGCUCUACUACUAGAAUAGACGUCCACUCCGGCCCACACAUAUUUUGCCUCCUUUGAUGCCGUGAACAGGGGGUGGGGGGGACUUCACCCUGUGGCGGCCAUCUUGUUUGCUCUCUGGGCCUGAUUUACUUCUUCUUCUUCUUUUUUUUUUUUGUCGCGAGAUUAGCAGCAUCAGAUAACCACUAGAUUUAUGGGACGCUCGUGUUUCACAGAGGAUUAUUCACACGUGUUGGUUUUACUUUUACCACUACUACUAAUUACAUCUCAGCCAAUCUCAAACACACACACACACACACACAGAAGAGCCUGUUUUUUGUUUUUGUUUGUUUUUUUAUUUUUAUUUUUUUGGAGUUUUUUGAUUGUGGCCAUGCCCUCUGCCGGUCAAACAUUCAGACUACUGUAAGCGCUCUGUUCGUGUCCUCGCUGUUAUGUGAUCGCUAUGAAGGCUGUUCAUUGUGUGACCAAAAAAAAAAAAAAAAAACCCACACAUUUUCAUCUUCUUCGCUCAGUCACUCAGAACCGGUUUGAGCCGGAGUCCUGACCCAAAAGCAACCCAGGACACGGAUAAAAAAAAAAGAUAUCCUCAUCUUUUAUUUAAUGUUGUGUGUUUGGUUUUUGUUUUAUUUUUUAUGUUCUGCUCCUUUUAUCAAGGAUUUCCUCUUUGAUUCGUUCACUCCAACUACACAAAGAUGUCAGAAACAAACAAAAAAAAAGCUUUUUAUUUCAGUCGCUUAUGAAAAGCUUAUGAAUUGCACCUUAUUGGAGGGAUGUGUUUUCGAUUUGUUUUUUAAUUUUUGUUAAGUGAUGUAACCGAUUACUGGUCAGGCAAUAAACAGGGUUUUUUUUUUUUUUUUUAAUGGUUAUUAAUCCCAUGUUUUCAUUACAAAUGAAUGUCUGAUGUCGGAGAGCUUCACUUGGCAGCAUCGGAAAAAUAAGCCAGAGAGCGGCGAGCAUGCAAAAAGCCCAACGGAAACCCCCCAACGUUGUUGUGAUAACAGGUUUUAAUUUUCAAGUUUGCUCCAUAAAACUGGUGACCGUUGAGAGAAGACUAAUAAAACAAUGUUAAUCCGACACGUUUCAUGCAUAUAAGAACCGACUCCCUACCGACAGCCUGCACAGAUAAAAAAAAAAAAAAGACAGAGCAGACUGAUUUCCUUACCUAGUGUGACACAGUGACCACUACGGGGCGAUCUCCAUAUACACCACCCAUACACAAACACUUCCUCUGCCUUCCGUCCAUCUUGUCCUUGAAAAAGGAGCAAAUAAAUAAAUAAAUCAACAUGGUCAAAAGACACACAGAGACGGACCUGAGGAGUCCAGGCCUGACAGAUGACUGUCUCUCAGCGUGGUUCUGUCUCUGUCCCCGGGGGCAGAGUUCUGUCUGCAGCCAAUUAACCAACAGGGCUGGUUGCCAGUCCCACAUCCAUAUAAUCCUCUCCACCCUCCCUCCUGCCGGUUUGCCAGAAAUAGCCCUCCAGAUUUAAAGGAAUGAAAAAAAAAUUAAACAUGGUUUACAAUGUGAAAGAGCUUUUUUUGUUGUUGUUGUUGUUGUUGGUGUUGUGUAUUUUUUUAUUUUUUAUUUUUUGGGAGGGGAGAGGGUACAUUUGUUGGAUCUAAUCCUGAUGAAAUUGAGCAGGCUGCAGCACUUUGUCUUUGUGUCUUUUUUUUCAUUAUUUUUUUUUACUUCAUUUUCAUGGAAAAUGUGGAGAAAUCGCAACCUAAAAAGAAAACGCCAACGAAGCAUCGUGACAUAGUCCAAUAACACAACCUGUAUCCCCCCGGCCUUCAUGUCCCCCAUGCACUGAUGAUGAUUGUAAAUGUUCGCAUAGGUUUAUUUUUUAUAUCAUGAUUUUGAUUUAGUUUCCUGGGUUUUAUUUUUGUUAUUGUUAUUAUUAUUGUUUGUGCUUUCGUUUUGGUGGGUCUCUGCAGGAGGAUGUGUGUGUGUGUGUGUGUGUGUGUGUGUGUGUGUGCAAGAGACAGAAGAGGAAAAGGAGACUGGGUGUGUUGCUUUGUGGCUCUUCGGCCCUUUGCCUGUGUUCAUCAUUGUGCCAGUGUGUUCAGGUGUUCCCUUGCCUCUGCACCCAUUCAUCCGAAUGAACAGAAGAGGACAAGGAGGAGGACGCAAUUUUUCCCCUCGUGAAAUAAGGGUGGUUGUCGGGUGUGGGGGAGACUAACGAGAGAAAAUACUUUAAUUUUCUUCCUCUGCCGGGUCUCAAAGAAGGGUGUACAUUUCUAAGUUAAUUGAAAAUGAUGAUUAAAAAAAAUGAAUAAAAAACACUCAUUUGUUCUCUAUAUGAAUGGCUGUAUGUUAACCAUGAACAAGAAGUAAUGAGUUCUAUGACAAAGACAUAUAAUAAAUUAAUUUUAAAAAUUUUAAA